AUGGGAUGCCCAGAGGGAUUAAGACCGACAUUCUUCUUUGCUUCCACCACACAUGCGCGAUUCAUACCGACAAAACACAGCUUCAAGUAUCCAUUGCUCUACGUCGGAUUCCCUCUCACCAUGCGGGGAUCGAUCGGGAAGGUUGCGUCCAUCAAGGCGAGCAGAUCGGAGAAGACGAAGGCCGAAGAGGAGGGAAGAACGCUCAAGGAGGAUUUUACCUUCUUCAGCGUCGACCCGGCCAGGUACAUCAACUCGGAUCUCCCAUUCGAUCAGAAACUAGACAGUGUGCUUCUCGGCCAUGGCCUUAACCCCGCCGACUACCCGCUUGCGUAUCUCGUCACCACUCCCGCGUUCUUCGGAUACUCGUUCAACCCGGUUUCGUACUACUAUCUCUAUUCCGCUUCGAGGGAGCUCAAGCUCGUCGUUCUCGAAGUCCUCAAUACCUUCGGCGAGAAACACGUCUACGUUCUCCGCUCCGAUAAUCCUACCAAUCCUCCUGCACGGAAAGGCUACCUCUUUGCGGGCACCAUGGAGAAGGUUUUUCACAUCUCGAGCUUCAACCAUCGUUCGGGCUCCUACGUCAUCCAAGUCAACGAUCCGAUCGCGACGCCAUGGAAUCCGAGCUUGGACGUGCACAUGGCCGUAUACGACAAGGAGGGCCAGAAGACCAUGGUGGCCAGGGCGUUUUCCCACUCGAAUAGUUUCGAUUUGCUCACGGGCAGUCUGUUCCGCGGAUGGUAUAUCGGCCUGACAUGGGGGUACAACACGUUCCUCUCCGUUCCGCAAGCAUUCUACGAAGCAUGGAAGUUGUACAAGAAGAAGGCAACUUUCUACAUUAGGCCCGAGCCUCUCACGGGGAGCAUCAGGAGGGAAGCCACCAGGAGCGAGCGGGAAAUGCAGACCUUGUUCAUGUGCUACCUUCGCGCCAAGGUCAUGGAGUUCCGCGGGGGAUUGGAGGUCAAGGUUACGCUUCCGGAGAGCACUCCUCUCAAAAUGAGGACUCAUCCGGAGGUCACUUUUUCCAAUGGCAAACCCAGCAAGGGCGGAAUCAAGCAGCUCCAUCUCAGAGUGCUGAACCCCCGGUUUUUUAUGCGUUUCUUCGCCACACAGGAUCCAUCCCAGACGCUGUGGAUGGACUACACAACCAGUCAGCCGGAUUUCCGGCUUGUCACCGUCGAGGGGGACGGAGGAAUCAAGCUCUUCAAGAAGAUCCUCGAGAGAGACUCCCGGCAGAAAGCUCGGGAGGCACCCCCUGGUUGGACCUGGCGGCUCAUCUCGUUAUUACGAGCCUGGAAGACGAGGAAGGAACUCCGAACAGCCGCUUCGGGAACCACGCUUCCGCCACCUCGCACUCGUCCUAGCAGCCAUCUCAACACCAUGGACGAGUUCUACCUCCUGCAGCGAGCCGCUUGUCCCCGCGCUCGCGCAAUGUACAGAUGGAAGGUGCUGCACGCCGUCGUGGCCGACGUCCUUGGCUUCGGCGACUCGGGCAACGUCGAGCUGCUCGCGUCGCUUGCGAAAUCCGUCGGUCUGAUCGGCGUGGUGGUGCUGGCGAAUGUGGCCGCGGCCUGGCACUUCUACUGA